AUGUUAUCGUGGUGGCUGAAAUAUACUUCGAAAGAUCAUUGUGCAUUACAAUAUACAUGUUUAUGUCAAUAUUUAAUAAAACAAAAUUCAACAGCUAUCGAUAUACAAAAUUUAUCAACGAAAUCGGAUGAAAAAGAAAUCUUAAUGCUUUCGUUUAUUGUUUUUAAAGUAAUAGCAAUUAAACGAAAUUAUCUUGAUGAUCCAACAGCAUCAAUUUCAAUUGAAAUUGAAUUAGAAGAAUGUGAAGGUCCAAAUGAUAAUCAAAAUGAAGCAGAAACUAGUGAAACAUCGAGAACAUCAUCAUUUUCAUCAUCUACUGAUGAUAUAAAAGAUGUUGAAGAGUAUUAA